GCGGCUUUCCGAACGAGAAUUUCGACCUCCCUCCCCCGAAACGUCGCCGCUUGUCCGGUUUCGGCUCGCCCGGCUCCAAGAAGUCCAGCGGGGUCGCCAAUAUGACUUCCCAGGAGGCGACGCCUGCUAAGAGUAGGAGGGUGCGAACGGGCUGCCUAACAUGUAGGGAGAGGCACCUCAAAUGCGACGAGGGCACGCCAGACUGCCUCAACUGUCGAAAGAGUAGUAGAGAAUGCAAACGAGGCGUACGGCUCAACUUCAUCGACAUGACCUGCAAAGCACCACCCUACGUACCUCCGACGGAGGAGUGGGCAGUGCAAUUCCAAGACGAGUCGCGCCUAAUCGCCUCGGAAUAUCAGGGGGGGUUAGGGAAAUACGCUAUGUUUGACAGCCAGGCUGCCACUCCGCCCUUGGAACCUCAUAUAGACUCUUCUUCUCUCCGGCGGUCGUACGCGCUCGAAAAUACGGAAACACAAAACGGAGGGCCGGACAAUCGGUCUUCAACGAUAAUUUCGACUCCACAAUCCGUGUACUACUCUGACCGGGGCCAAGCACACUCGGACUACGCCGCGGAUGCCCAACUACACUCGCGAAAGGGUAGCGAUGCUUCUUAUAUGGCCCCGAUAAGCGCUACACAAACUGCUGGGUACAGCAACCUGGUGUCGGAUGGUUUCGGGCCUCUCAAGGACGAAGGUAGCCGCGCUCCCUCGCACAGCGGGUACAGGAGUGGCGAUGUGUCAGCCGCAACCUCCGUGGCAGGUUUCACCAGCGUCGGGCCGCUGUCUGCUUUCCGGAGAAGCUCGGGGGAGGGUAAUCAGGAGCCGGAGGCCGAAGCGGGAGGCAUGAUGACACCUUCGAGUGACAAGCCCGGGGAGCGGGAGUACCUCAACUCGCCCGAGGAGCUGCAGUUCAUGCAGGUCUUCGUCGCCGAGGUGGGUGUCUGGAUGGACAGCCUCGACAAGGAGAAGCAUUUCUCUCGCCUGGUGCCGUACCACGCGCUCAAGUGCCCGAUGCUGCUUAACGCGCUCCUCGCGUGCGGGGUGAAGCACCUCACGGUGACGCAGCAGUACGGCGAGGACAGGGCUCUCUUCUACUACGACACGGCGACGACGCAGCUGCUCCGCAACCUGCAGAACCCGGAGCGCAACAUGGUCGAGUGCGCGACCACGGCCGUGGUGCUCAACGUGUACGAGAUCAUGAGCGAGAAGCCGACACAGCGCAUGAGCCACAUCGCGGGCGCGCGGGCGCUCAUCCGUGAGUGCGGGUGGAACGCGAAGAGCAAGGGUCUAGGUGCGGCCUGCUUCUGGCUCAACGUGGGCAUGGAGCUGCUCUCGUGCCUCGCGUUCAACUGGCAGACAGCGUGGGAGCCGGACCAGUGGGGCGUCGACAUGGACUUCAGCACCGAGAAGGACACGGGAAAUGAGGAGAUCUGGGUCCACCGCAUCUUCUACGUCGUCGCCAAGAUCGCCAACUUCCGCGCUAGCAUUCCCAAGUUCCAGGAGCCGAGCCCCCACGACGAGCAGGCCCGGCUGCAGGCCCGGUACGCGGAAUGGCGCCGCCUUAAGAAUAUGUGCGACAGCUGGAAUAGUUCGUGUCCCCGCCCCAUGCACCCGUUCGGCUACUUGCACCCUUCGCAGCAGUCCGGUGCCGAUAAAUCGCUGUUCCCUAACGUCUGGCUCAUCAAGCGGGCGGCGGUCGUCGGGCGGUUGUACUACCACACGGCACAGUGCCUACUAGCACAGAUCAACCCGUUGCUGCCGCGGGACUCGGAAGAGGCGCGCAGGGUGCAGCAGCACCACGCGCAUCAGGUGUGCGGGAUCGUAGCGCACACGAAGGACCGCGGCGUCGCGAGUGUGUCGAUCCGGUCGCUCGCCAUAGUCGCCGAGAUCCUGACCGACGCCGCCGAGCAACGCGAGGUCGUGGCAACACUCGAAAAGAUCGACCGCGAGACCGGCUGGAAGCUCGGCGGUGUCGUCCGCGGCCUCAAGAAGUCCUGGGGCUGGGAGAAGAUGGACCCGACUGGUCUGGCCGCGCAGUUCCUACCCCGUGCCGGCAAUGGUAACAAUAGCGGCGUCGUGGCAAAGCUGCAGCCGCCUCCGCGAGCACAGUCGCAGAUGGAGUCGGCGCGCGCGGCUGCGCGGGCGACGACGGCCACCUCCGCACCCCCGCCACAGCAUGUGGUAUCCGCGGGAUCGCAGCAACUCGCUGCGCCGCGGCCAAUACACGUCAACCCGCUGAGCUUUGCCGACUUCAGCCUCCCGAACCAUCCGUACCAGAACUGGUACGAGCCGCCGAGCCGGUCAAACGCAUACCAUUCACAGGGCAUCCUGCGAGAUGAGCUUUGAAGGGCGUUGGAGGGGGAGAGGAAGAAAUUUCCCGCAUUCUCCCUCUCACACACCCAUACACACCCACACGCAGAAGUGGUGUACAUACAUAUACAUAUGCAUAUAUCUAU